AAGCUAUGUAUUCUCCCAAAUGGAAGGAUACCAAAUUCCGAGGGAAGUACAUAAAGAAAGAUGCCAUCUGUUCUGGAAUAAAAUAAAAAAAAAAUAUAGCAUGCUGUUCUUUCGGAACAAUGAUGAAAACUUUCGGAAGGCGAUCAGAGAUUUGGGAAUUUACCCAGAAAGUAAAGAGGGGCCCUGUGAGCUGCUCCCACCGUCACAGGAUCAUUGCGGGAAUUCGGAUGGGUAUCUUAUUUUUCUGGCUUUCUCGGGCAACGUAGAAGCAAACUACUAUAUUGGCAAAACGCUCUCAAACUAAUCAUAGAUGGGUAUUUCUUGCCAUGACAAAACUUUCCAACCCCUUCCCCUUUUCCGAAUCUGUGGGUGCUGUGGGACGAGAUCUUCGUGAUAAAGGGUAGCGAGAAAAGGCGAGAGGUUGGAUUGCUUGGAGUCCAAUGCAGAAGAGACUAAUGGGGAGAGCUAGUUCAGAGUCAAAAGUCUUUCCCGAUAUGUUUUGUGUUAAUUUGUUACCUUGUUACUUUUACUGGCUUGGUUGUAAAGCUAAUUGGAGAUGGAAAGGCUUGUAGUUCUCUCCAUUAGAAUAUCGGGGUGACUGCCCCACCAUUGCUGCACCGGAGGCAUUAAUUCUCGGAAGGGGAUGAGACAUUUGCUGCUGAGAUGAUUGAACCUCCUCCCCCUUUCUCGCCACCUUCAAAAGAAGGGGAGGAGGAGAGAGCGAAAAAGGUGGGAAGAAGACCUCGGCUGAAUCCCCACACGCUUGACUGCGACCCCUCCCGCUCCCCUUUAAGGACUGAUACCGAAGCCUCUGUCGGUCGGAACGCAUUUCUCGGCGUCGAAAUGGGGAGGCACUCCUGCUGCUACAAGCAAAAGUUGAGGAAAGGCCUGUGGUCUCCCGAGGAAGAUGAGAAGCUCCUGAAGCAUAUAACUAAAUAUGGCCAUGGAUGUUGGAGUUCAGUCCCCAAACAGGCAGGCCUUCAGAGGUGUGGGAAGAGCUGCAGACUGAGGUGGAUAAACUACCUGAGGCCUGAUCUAAAGAGGGGCACAUUCUCACAGGAGGAGGAGGACCUCAUAAUUGAAGUCCAUGCAGUCCUAGGAAACAGGUGGUCGCAGAUUGCAGCGCAGUUGCCAGGGAGAACUGACAACGAGAUCAAGAACUUCUGGAACUCCUGCAUUAAGAAGAAGCUGAGGCAGAGAGGCAUCGACCCCACCACCCACAAGCCGCUCGCCGAGACGCAGCAAGGCGGGGACGACAAAGUCCCUGCCAACGGCGGCCGGAGCAUUUCUGGAGCCACUGACCUCGGCCUCCCCUCCUCUGCUGCUCUUAAUCCUUCCAUACCCAAGUCCGCUCGAUCUGUGAUGCAGAUGGUGGAUAAGUUCGCCGGGGAGAGCUCGAACCCGAAGAAUUCGGCGACAACGGGCGCUCCGCAGUUCCUUCUGGACCGGUUCGUCGCCAGCCAGGACAGCACAUCAAGCUGCCGCUCAUCCAACUCGCCUGGCUUCUUCCCUCUUCCACAGUCGAGUUAUGCCUCCGACUGCGGUGGCAAUCGGACUGCUUCGGUCGGCCUCGCCGUCACCCCCAAUCCACUUCUCUGGUUCAAUCACGGCAGCCAGUUAGUUGAUUCGAACCCGGAAUUCAGCUGCUGCAGCGCGAUGUCCACUCUGCUCCCGUCUGCCUCCGGCUCAGCUCUCUCGACUUGGAUGGGCUUGAAGCCUGUGAUGGAUAAUCCUCCACCGAGCUGUGCCGGCAUUUCCUCCUACUGGGAGGCUGCCAAUUGCAGCAGCAGCAGCGGGAGCAGUGGGAACACCGGUGGUGGAAUUGAAUUGCAGAGCAACAGCUCCUACUUCGACAACGGAAUCUUCCCAUGGCCGGACUUGCCACCAGAUAGAGACGCUCCAAUCCAGCUCCAAGGGGAGCCCGAGGACCUGAAAUGGUCCGAGUACCUCCACGGCGCCUUCCCGGCAUCCGCAGCAAUCCAGAAUCAGAGCCAACCUCUAUAUGGCGACAUCAAAACAGAGAGCCAGUUCAUGGUCGAUGGCUUAAGUACCUGCUACCUGAAUCAGCAAGCACAGCAGCAGCAGCAGCAGCAGCAGCAGCAGCAAGCUUCGAACAUCUACGGCAAGGAUUUCCAGAGUGUAUCUGUUGCUUUUGAACAGAUUUAGAUUGCGAGAAGAUGAGUACAGUGGAGAAAAAGAGAGAUACCGAAGCUGGAGCUAUCCUACGAGGAGAAUUUUCGACUUCAGAAGGCUCGAGUAAUAUAAAAAAGAAAAAAAAAACUUCUUUUAAAUUUUUACAGGUGUGCGCGCCAUAGAUUUUUCUCUUGCAGAUAGGUCUGAUGACACAACAACUUUCAGCAGCUCUUCAGCCCUGAAUAUUUGUGCAGACUGAGUGAGACUAGCUAGGCGCAGAAUAAAGAUUGUUUCGGUGUUUUUUUUUUUUUUUGUCUGUCCCUGUUUUCCUUUGCAAAUUCCCAUAUCGAUGUUAUCCCUUGUAAACAAUCAAAAUCUCUACUUUUUGUUUGUC